AAGCAAGGAUCCGAUUCUAAACCCUUUUACAAUUAUACCAACUGCAACUGAGAAUCAUAUUCCUCAGCCCGUCAGGCUACUAUAACUACCCUUUUUCUAUGAAUUUAAAAACAAAACAGAACAAAACCAGCGAUUUUUAAAGAUUUAUUCUUGAUAUGGAGCAUGCUUAAAUCAGUCAACUUCGAUCUGAAAUUUUAUUUGAACACGAGGAUCAUUGUCCAUUAAUCCCCUGCAACGUCGGUUUUGUGUUAAAAGGCAAGCCCACAAAAAUCUCUCUGUUGAGCGCGCGUCCUCUGUCUCUCUCGACACAUAUAAUAAUAAGCUCACCCCAAAUUUUGUCCAUUUCUGCCCUUAACAGCGACGCACUGUACGCACCCGUUUCCUUAAAAUAUGUGCUCUUCUUUCCCUGCUAUGUCUUGCUCUCACCACCAAAUCCUCUCAUUCUCUUAGCUCUUCCUCGACACUCAUGACCCCCGAACCCAACACGACCUACCAUGGUAUCCGCUUCCCGCAAAACCCACCAAAUUUCCACUCCCCGUGUUUUAAUCGUCGGCAACUACUGCCACGAUGUUUUAAUCCAGAAUGACAUCGUUGUUGGUGAAUCUCUUGGCGGUGCCUCCUCCUUCAUAGCCAGCGUCCUUAAUGGGAUGUCAAUUCCUUGUAGUUUAGUUGCCAAAACUGGUCACGAUUUUAGAUACCAAGUUAAUCAUAGCCCAAUUUUAGUGUCUGCUUCCAAGACGACCGUUUUCCAUGCCUAUUUUGAUUCGGGUGUACACGACAAUGGAAACCAAGAUAGGGUCUUAAAACGGGUCUGCGCUUGUGAUCUGAUUAGCCCGAUGGAUCUUCCUGACGCGAGGUUCGAUUUUGGAAUGGCGGUUGGGGUUGGCGGGGAGAUAUUGCCUGAAACGCUUGAGAAAAUGAUUGAGAUAUGUGAUGUGGUCCUCGUGGAUAUUCAAGCAUUAAUAAGGGAUUUUGAUGCCGUUGAUGGGACUGUUAAGCUUGUUGAGUUACGCGAAACAGAGUUUUGUUCCCUAUUGCCACGAAUUGGGUUUUUAAAGGUGUCAUCAGAGGAGGCCAUGUUUUUGGAUGUGGAGGAGGUGAGGAAGUGGUGUUGUGUGGUGGUUACGAAUGGAGAAAAUGGCUGUAAGGUGUGCUGGAAAGAUGGGGAGAUGAGGAUUUCGCCCUUUUUGGCUAAUCAAGAGGAUCCCACGGGCGCAGGAGAUAGCUUCUUUGGUGGCUUGGUGACGGGUUUGGUUCAGGGAUUGGCUGUUCCUGAUGCUGCCUUGCUGGGUAACUUCUUUGGUUCGCUUACUGUUGAACAAAUUGGAUUGCCAGAGUUUGAUUCGAGGUUGCUGCAGAGAGUGAAGGAUGAGGUUCAGAGGAGGAGAAUCCAGUGCUUGUUUUGCGAGAAGAAUGAUGAUGAGCUGAUGUUCUUGAAGCCGGCAGGGCAUGAACAGUUCCAUUCUUCCCUUGGAGCGGCAAAAUUAGUAACUCAGUGUUCCCUUCAAGAAUCCACAGAUUGCUCUGGGCAACAAAAAUUAGCUGUAUAUGAUGAAGCAAUGCGAACAGUUGAGAGAAAGCCAUGAUUGAUUGGUCUUUCUUUUCUUUUUUCUUUUCCUCUCGUAUGGAAUAAAGCAUCUAGUGUCAAUGCUCUCUUUCUAUUCAUAUUAAAGAAGUAAAUGCAUUUAAAAUAAGAACUUAUGUCGUGGGUGAAAGCUGCUGGAUUUCCGAAUAGCACAAAAGCUUGUAACGAGAAUCUUUUAUUUAGCUGUGUGGAAGGAAUAGCUACUGCUGAAAAAUUGGCCGUGUUGGUGAAGAUUAGACGAGGAAUAUGAUACAAAGGUUCAGCGCUAUUUGUUGGUUCUUAGAGGCCCACUUUGUAAACGUUUCAAACUUAACAUUAAAUGCAAAGAUUCAAAAAUUAGAACCAGUAAAUCUUUAGUUCAA